AUGACUAGUGUGUGUCUCUGUCUGUGCCUUCCAGUCCAGAGUCAGAACCUGGUGACAGACAAUGUGGCGGUGGUGGAGGGCGAGGUGGCCGUCAUCAGCUGCAGGGUGAAGAACAACGACGACUCGGUCAUCCAGCUCCUCAACCCCAACAGACAGACCAUCUACUUCAGAGACGUCCGACGUAAGUACCACACACACACACACACACACACACACACACACACACACGCACACACACGCACACGCACACAGGCUGGCAUACACACACAGACACAACCUUAUACAUACACACACCUUAAAAAUAGAUUGGCCUACUAGUUCUACACAGAUGGACAUACACACUGACACACAUAGACAUACUGUCACAUCAACUCUGCAAUAAUAUUUUGGUCCACUUCAGAGACUACAGAUGUUAUUAGCACUCUCCACUGGUUGGAAAAUACUAAAUGCACCCACACACACAAAUAUAAAGUAUAGCCCUAAUGGUCACCCACUUUUGCAGUAAGUCCUCAAGUCCUUCUUCUGUUUACUUCAGAGACUUCAGGCAUGAGCACACACACACACACACACACACACACACACACACACACACACAGAGAGAAGCAGCCACAUCAGAAGGCCUCCCAUCUGUCUCUGAUGGAUCCAACGUUCUGUCCCUCCCUCCCAUCCUACCACCACAAACUCUUCCUCACUCACCCACACUCUCUUUCACACACACAUACACAGCCACACAGCCAUGUCCUCAGGAUCCCCCUGGCACCUCGUUCCCCCUGGCACCUCGCGCCUCGUGUUUUUCUGUUUCGCCAGGGCACCAAAUACCAAGCCCACAGCUGGCUGUCAAGGGCAUCUCAUCUUCCGACGGGCGCCUUGAUCUCUUGUGAUCUUUUCCCGAGAACACUCGGGCAUUUCACUGCAGCUGCACUUCUUAAUUAUAGCUUGGCUCUACCAGUCUCCCUGAAUAUCAUAUUGGGCCGCUCCAACUGAAAUCCAUAUUGGGGAAAAAAGGAGGGAGAGAGAGAAAGAGAGGAGAGAGCUUUGACAUUGACAUCCUAGUUGCGGAAAAGCUCAGCAGUAGCAUGUUUCUCCAUCGCAUCUGAAAUGAAUGUGACCCCACUUCAAGGGAGCGGUUGGAGCCGGGUGUGGAUGAGGGCUCCUCCCCAGCGUGGCCCUCUGCACACAAAGUGAGCACACACACAUGCUUUCAUGCUCCUUCAUACAAACACACACACACUUAUAUACUGUAGGCACACUCAGCGAGUUAAGAGGCACACACACACUUUUGCACUGGCACUCAGAGUGAAGAGGCAGAAACUUGAAACAUGUGUAGUGGGUGGGCACCUGUCCUUUUGAAGACCAGAGACCACGUGUGUGUAAGGAGUCCACUGGGCCACGGAAGGUACCUGUCUGAAAGCAGCCUCUGCAUUACCAAAGGACACCUUUACCUUACCUUUACCACCAUCAGCUCCCAAUGUCUUAAUGAGGACAUCACCUACAUAUCCUCUGUGUUUUCAAAGCACUGACCUCGUCAUUAACAGGACCGCAGCCGCCAAGCCAAAAAAGUUCACCCUCUAAUCUCUCCGGCAACGUUUAAAAGUGAGAUGGCGAAAGCAGCAUGGAGCCAACUAAAGGGCCACGGGGCAAGAAGAAGGUGGGGCCCUACAAAUCCCUUUUCCACGUGUGUGUGUGUGUGUGUAUGUGUAUAUCCUGUGUGCAUGUGUGUGGUUGGGGUGUGAAGAGCCAAAUUACCCUUUCCCUCUCUCACUCCUUAAUAAAACUUUGAUGGGCUCCUCUCAAAAAGUAGCCGGGCCCACUAAUCAGAAUUGAUUGCCGCCACUUAAGAAGAAGCCAGAAGCUCGUCUCCAAGAAGCUGGAGCCAGCCUUCCUCAAUGAAACCAGGGAGAAACAACACAAAUGAGAUAUGAAGAGAGAGGGAGAGGGAGAAAGAUGGAAGAAAGGAAUAACCCACUGCAGCCAUAAAAGUUUUGUUUAUCUCAUCUUUAUAUUUUUUCGCUCUGCUAUGAAUUGGAGUUUAUUUCUCACCUUUUGUGUUUACAGUCAGCUUCAUUUCAAUGCAGAGAUUGCCAGGAUUCGAUGGAUUUGGCCAUGUGUGAUUGUGCAGUCUUUUUUUAAGCCCCAUCACCCGUUUCCUGGAUGGUGCUGAACGGACCUUUGGCUAUUUGCGAUAACGCCAAAAUAAGCAAUGUAUAUUCAGCACCACUUUAGGCGACUGGCCUCCUCCCCUCGAAAAUGGAAUUGAGUGGAGAAAAAAAAAAGCCAUUGUCCACAUUGAUCUGACUAAGGCAAAUUAAUUUGAAAUCUUGAAAAUAAAGUUUUAACUGUUUUAUUAUUUAAUACUAUUUUAAACAUAAGUAAGAUCACUUUAUUCAUGAGAUGACUUGGGGCCUUCUGGUACGAUGUUAUUAACAAAAUAGCCGAAUUGAGGAAUGUUUUUUUAAUACUAUAGCUUGCAAUGUGAACAGUGAAUCUGUGAAUAACUUUUUAUUUAAAGGAAGCCUUUCUUUAUUUUCAUCGAGAGGCUGUUUGUUUGGUUGUAGAGAGGCUGUAUGAAGAAGAUGGACUUUGGUUUUCACAAUCUAAUUCAAGACCAUCAUAGAAAUGGAACAUAUACAUCCCUGAAAUGAAGUGUAUGAAGUACAAAUGUUUAUCCAAUUCUCUGCCUUGUGUGGCUGUUAAAACAAAUACAUUAGCUCGUUUUGAAACGCCUAUAGCUACUGUAUUCAAUUAUAAAUCAUCAGGAACAGUGUACUGCUGUGUUUUGAUACUUAUUUUUCUUCUUUGUGGCUGUUUUUGUUCCUGUUCCUAGCCACUGUGAAUCAUAUUCCCACAUUUCGUUUUGAUUAAGUGUUUGUUGUCUCACCGGUCUCUCAAUUCUGUUUUUUUACUGUAUUGUCAUUGCAUUUUCUUGCCCACUUUUGUCUUUCCUUGCGUUUGUACCUUCCAAAAAAGUACAUUACCUGCACAGGAGGUUGGUAGCACCUUAAUUGGGGAGGACAGGCUUGUGGUAAUGGCUGGAGCGGAAUCAGUGGAAUGGUAUCAAAUACAUCAAACAUAUGGUUUCCAUGUGUUUGAUGCCAUUCCAUUCGCUCCGUUCCAGCCACUAUUAUGAGCCGUCCUCCCCUCAGCAGCCUCCACUGAAAUGAAAGAACAAAACAACAUAGAAAGACAUAUUCAGUUUGUUUUCUUUAGUGGAAUUGCUUUCCACUACUAGUGCCUUUGUUUUCCCGGAACUCACCCCAUUGGACAGCACUGCUGCGUGUCCAAUCCCGGACUCCCCCGCAGUGAGCUGGAUGUUGCGAGCGGCCGCUGUUGUUGUGCCGUCAUGGUGGACAACCUCCUGGGGUACGGCGGGCCGCUGUUGAGUUCUCACAACAUGGCCACGCUUGUGUCCAGGAACAGAACCACUGCACAAGAGAAAGGCCACGUUCCCUGUUGGACACAGAGCUGUUGUGUUGUCAAGCCCUAACACUGUUUUUCAGUCCAAAAAUGGAUCAGUGUCCAGUUUCUCACCACCUCCAAUUCUCUCUGUUUGUUUUUGCCCAAAACCACAUCUGUGUUGUUGAUAUACACUAUAUAUACAAAAGUAUGUGGACAUCCCUUCAAAUUAGUGGAUUCGCAAACAUUGGCAGUAGAAUGGCCUUACUGAAGAGCUCAGUGACUUUCAACGUGGCACCGUCAUAGGAUAUCACCUUUCCAACAAGUCAGUUCGUCCAAUUUCUGCCCUGCUAAAACUGCCCCGGUCAACUGUAAGUGAUGUUAUUGUGAAGUGGAAUCGUCUAGGAGCAACAACGGAUCAGCCGCGAAGUGGUAGGCCACACAAGCUCACAAAACGGGACAGCCGAGUGUUGAAGCACAUUGCGCGUAAAAAUCAUCUGUCCUCGGUUGCAACACUCACUAUCGAGUUCCAAACUGCCUCUGGAAGCAACAUCAGCACAAUAACUGUUUGUCGGGAGCUUCAUGAAAUGAAUUGCCAUGGCCGAGCAGCCCCACACAAGCCUAAGAUCACCAUGCCCAAUGCCAAGCAUCGGCUGGAGUGGUGUAAAGCUCGCCGCCAUUGGAGUCUGGAGCAGUGGAAACGCGUUCUCUGGAGUGAUGAAUCACCAUCUGGCAGUCUGUCGGACGAAUCUGGGUUUGGCAGAUGCCGGGAGAACGCUACCUGCCCCAAUGCAUAGUGCCAACUGUAAAGUUUGGUGGAAGAUGAAUAAUGGUCUGGGGUUGUUUUUCAUGGUUUGGGCUAGGCCCCUUAGUUUCAGUGAAGGGAAAUAUUAACGCUACAGCAUACAAUGACAUUCUAGACGAUUCUGUGCUUCCAACUUUUUGGCAACAGUUUGGGGAAGGCCCUUUCCUGUUUCAGCAUGACAAUGCCACGUGCAAAAGGCGAGGUCCAUACAGAAAUGGUUUGUCGAGAUCGGUGUGGAAGAUCUUGACUUGCCUGCACAGAGCCCUGAUCUCAACCCCAUCGAAUGCCUUUGGAAUUAAUUGGAACGCUGACUGCGAGCCAGGCCUAAUCCCCCAACAUCAGUGCCCGACCUCACUAAUGCUCUUGUGGCUGAAUGGAAGCAAGUCCCCGCAGCAAUAUUCCAACAUCUAGUGGAAAGCCUUCGCAGAAGAGUGGAGGCUGUUAUAGCAGCAAAGGGGGGACCAACUCCAAAUUAAUGCCCAUGAUUUUGGAAUGGGAUGUUCGACGAGCAGGUGUCCACAUACUUUUGGUCAUGUAGUGUAGGUGUACACUUAUACUAUAUUAACACAACAAGGUAUAGCAUUGUAAAGGAGGCAAUGUAUGCAAGGUAUGCAUUGAGCAUACAGUAUACCACAAUGGACUGGAGGCCAUUUUACGAAUAACCCCAGUACACCAGACUUUAAUGCCAUUAUGAACAUUAUCAGUGUUGACAUAAUGCUUUAAUCAUUCCCAUUGGUUUCCACCUAGCGCCGAGUCACACAACAGAUUACCAGCAGUUUAGCCCGUGAUGCCUAUCAUUGGAGUGUUUUAAUCCCAGCACAUUCUUCAAAUCAAUACAUUUAAUUUAAUCAUUAGUGUCAGGCUGCCCCUCAAACUGACAGGCCUAACCCUGCUUUCAAGCAAGCCACUUUAAUUAGGCACACAUUAUCUGUGUGUAACAUUAGCCUCUGUUGUGUUCAGCCACUGCUAACAGAGAAGGAGCCAAGCACAAUGGCUACUGGCGCUAAAGUUAGCGGUUAGCGUUAAGAAGUAGCGUAGUUAAGCAACUUAUCCAAAAGAAUGAAAGUAAUUGAGUUAAGAAGUUGGGACACCAGAAUAGCUUUGCGAAAUGGAGUUGAAUGUUGCGGAGUUAUGUUUUGAUUUGACUUAAAUCUUGGGCCCACUUGCUAAAAAUAGAGCUCUCCUUUGAACAUUUGACUUUUUACUUCUUACUUGGAAUUCACACACUUGUUAGCUAUUCUGUUUGUCUCUGUUUGUCGUUCUCUUCUGAUAUUCCAAGACCACCACCCUGGCAGCAGGACCAAAGACAUUAGCUAUGAGUUGGCACGGCAACAGGUUUACCCCCCGCUCCUUUUGCGCCACGUGGCUUGACCUUGUGGGAGUAAGGGGAGGUGAGUGGAAUCGAGAUGGGGUCUUCUGAUGAGGGGGCACGUGGCUACUCUAAGGAAAAAAGGUGGAUGGCAGCGGAGAUGGAGCCACGCUCUGUAUUUCUUUGCUUCUCCACUCCCUCCACAGCAGCAUAACCAGAGAGAAGGCUUCAUCACCUCCUUUGAUGAAUUAAGUCCUCGCAUUUGACUGACAGCCUCUCUUUCGCUCCUCCUCUUUUUCCCCUCGCUCGCUCUCUUGCUUUCUCUCUCUUUUGGGAUAAAAGCGAAAGAGCACGGCUAACCAGCUGGAACCCAGAACUAUCAGCUUCACCCCCCCCCCCCCCCCCCCCAUCACUAUCACAACCCUGGCUUUCAUGUGCCCGCCGCUGCAAACUGUAAUGAUCCCAGAUUAUUUCUUCAUUUAGUUAUUUGUUUCCGUUUAUUUAGUUAUUUAUUAAUGCUACCUAUUUUUUCUUGUUGCUUUUGCUCCAUUGAACUGGGCUGCUGCGGGUGAGAAUAAAUGUGGUGUGGGGAGGAGAAGAAGACACAGAGAGCAGUAAAUGGCCGGCAUCGAUCAGUCAGAGGUGGUGGGGGAGGCUUUCAUCUGAACCAGACAUUGGCAUUAUCCAUCGCGAUCGCCAGGCAAAAACAACCCCCUGCUCAUUAUUCUGCGUGUGUGUGUCACCACACACUCCUGUUCUAAUUACAAACAAAAAACUAAGUUAUAAGUGAGAAGUAGGCAUCGGUCUGAAGCCGAAAAAGAAAGGAAAUUUACAUGAACACCACAAUGCUUACUUCACCCAUGCGCUACCAAGGUUUUCCAGAACACAGCUUUGACCUACUACAGUAGCUAUGUUGGUCUAUUGUACUUCAAACAAUGUGUAGGCAGGUUGCUUAGGAUUCAAAUCUUCUCAAAGAUCAGAUGAAUUUCAACAAAGAAAGGAAAUGAUGGUGAAAAUGGCGAGAGACUGUUUCAGGGUCUAUUAAACAAAGCGCACCUGGUAUCAUGGAUUGAACUCCUGGCAAAUCAGAAUUUUUUCACCUCAACAAAGACAAGAGUUCUUCCCAGCUGUAUUCAGCACAGCUUAAAGUCACAAACCAUGAUGGUGCUCCAAAGUGUCAAAGCAUACACAUGACCUCAGAAUGUUGACCAUACCAGUAUUCUUUAGUUCUGUGCAUGUUACCAAGAAUACUUAAGAUUCACCUGUAGAGAUUUGUCGUGUUCUUUAAGUCUGCUAAACUGAGGAGAACAUUUUAAGGUGUGUGCAAUACUCCCAGAUAGAACACCCAGCUCACUCUUCCAAAGCAAAUGAAAAAUGUACUCUGAACUCUGGGGUCAAAAGACAGUAAGCGAGCUGUUCUGUACUCUGACAUCAAGCCUUCCACCUUUUCCUGUCGGAAAAAGGUAAGGAAAACAACAUACCACAAGUCUUAUUUCCCAUAUGUGACCGACCGGCUCGAUUCGGCCCUAUGUAACAACAUUUGAAAUUGUGUUUUUUACAUUGGAUGAAAGUAGCGACUCAGAGCUAGAAAAUGGUACAGUGCAUUCGGAAAAUAUUCAGACCCCUUGACUUUUUCCACAUUUUGUUACGUUACAGCCUUAUUCUAAAAUUGAUUCAAUUGUUUUUUCCCUCAUCUAUCUACACACAAUACCCCAUAAUGACAAAGCAAAAACAGGUUUUUAGAUAUUUUCUCUGCAGAUCCUCUCAAGCUCUGUCAGGUUGGAUGGGGAGCGUCGCUGCACAGCUAUUUUCAGGUCUCUCCAGAGAUGUUAGAUCCGGUUCAAGUCCGGGCUCUGGCUGGGCCACUCAAGGACAUUCAGAGACUUGUCCCGAAGCCACUCCUGCGUUGUCUUGGCUGUGUGCUUAGGGUCGUUGUCCUGUUGGAAGGACUCUCACCUAGUAGGUCAACAGUCAUUGCCAUAGUCAAGUGUUUCCCAACUCCUCAAGUACAUUUUUGUUGUAGCCCCGGACAAGCACACCACAUCAUCAAGCCCUCAAUGAGUUGAAUCAGGUGAGUUUGUCAGGGACUACAACAAAAAUGUGUACUAUUGGGGGUACUUGAUGACUGGAGUUGGGAAACACUGCCAUAGUCAAUGCAUGGACAAUGACAAUGAUACCCUCUUUUGACCUUCUCUCCCUUCCUCUUUCUCUCCCUAUCUCUCUUUCUUUGACCCCCAGCCCUGAAAGAUGCCCGCUUCCAGCUGGUCAACUUCUCGGACAAUGAGCUGCGGGUGUCUCUGUCCAAUGUGAGCCUGUCGGAUGAGGGGAGAUACGUGUGCCAGCUCUACACGGACCCCCCACAGGAGGCCUAUGCCGACAUCACUGUGCUGAGUAUGAAUACACAUACACCACACAAUGUUUGAUGAGGGGAAAAAUGUCUCAGACCGUCUACGUUGACAUUCAUUAUGAGAGUAUGAUUGAAAACACGCACACACACACUAGUGAUGCACGGGUUGACCCAUAACCCGCCAUCCCUGAAGUUAUAUCCACGAGGCGGGUGGGUUUAGGGUCUAGAAAUAUUGUUUGGAUGAAGGGUGGGUGGGUGGUAGGUUGAUUGAAUAAAGAGUCUUGUGCAAUUCAUAUCUACAGGCUACUUUGAUGUUUUUUUCUACAUCAUUUUUACCUGGCUUUAGUGUGUAGCCUAAGCCAAAUACAUGCCAAUUGCCAAUUGCUUUUGGGAACUUUGGGAGAAAAAGUUAACACUGAUCCACUGAGGCAAAAAGGACAGUAUCGGAUAACAGAAAUUCAAUAACAGAAAAGCUGCGAAAUAGAGAGUUGAAAAUAAAUAGAAGGGAGCGCCAGAACAAUAGUCUAGUGUUUGGGAAAGAUUUGGUCAAGUGGUAAAAGAGGAAGAUUUAGAGACGCUACAAAUUUGACAGACACAAGACAGGGACUUCAAAAUGGCACGUCAAGGGAACUGUACUGUUCAGAUGGGUUAAAUGGAAUAGUAGCCAAACUGAAAUCUGGACACUGACUAUAGGUCUAUAACCUUUCACAUAGCCUAAUAUAAUAUUAACUCCUUCAGAAUUAGUCAUUUCUAGCAGUAAAAUGAUAGACCAAAUGUACAUUUUGACUCGGGAACAGGAGUGGAGAAAUAUUAUGAAUUUAUUUCAGCAUCUUGAGAGAAUGAAUGCACGGUUAGGGACCGUCUAUAAAGGUGCUAUCUUUAUCAGCAUCAUCAAAAGCUGAUAGUAUUUCAAUCACAUAAAAUAUGCAUCCAAGCCGAAUUGAAAUCUUAUCAAAAACAUGCUGGGUCGUUUUAACAGCUUUUAAACGUCUUUGCUGCACGAGAAAAGCAGAGACGAAAGAAGAAAGAAAAAACAAACUACCGACGUCAACUAGAUUGAAGCAUUCAUUCUAUCGAUUUAUGACAUUCUAGCACCAACUAAUGACAGAAGAGAAGCUGUGUGUAUCUAAUUAUAGACAAGUUGACUAACAAAUAGCCUACCAAAAUGUCGGAAAUUAUAAGCAGAAACAUAGGCCUAUCUAAAAAGGCCUGUCAAACAACAAAUCCUGUCAUCUCUGACUGUACAUCGCAUUUUCUAUAUUUGGGGGUUGGGGUCGGGUGCGGUCCUCAGAUUUUCACUUUAUCACAUAUAGUCGGGCGGUUGCGGAUGGGUUAUUAGCAAUUGCGGGCGCGCGUGAACAAACAGCUGACCCACACAUCACUAACACACACACAGCUAUCACUGGCACAUCAGUUACCGAUGGAGUGGUUAAUACCAUAGCUCCACAUUUUGUUGUGUUACAGCCUGAAUUUUAAAUGGAUUAAAUUGAGAUUUUGUGUGGCCUACACACAAUACCCCAUAAUGUCAAAGUGGAAUUAUGUUUUUAGAAAUGUUGAGAAAUUAAUUACAAAUUAAAAGCUGAAAUGUGUUGAGUCAAUAACUAUUCAAUCCCUUUGUUAUGGCAAGCCUAAAUAAGUUCAGGAGUAAAAAUGUGCUUAAGUCACAUAAGUUGCAUGGACUUCAACACUGUGCAAUAAUAGUGUUUAACAUGACUACAUUUUACAUUUACAUUUUAGUCAUUUAGCAGAUGCUCUUAUCCAGAGCGACUUACAGUUAGUGAGUGCAUACAUUAUUUUAUUUUUUCAUACUGGCCCCCCGUGGCAAUCGAACCCACAACCCUGGCGUUGCAAACGCCAUGCCCUACCAACUGAGGUACAUACCUCAUCUCUGUAUCCUACACAUACAAUUAUCUGUAAGGUCCCUCAGUCGAGCACUGAAUUUCAAACACGGAUUCAACCACAAAGACCAGGAAGGUUUUCCAAUGCCAUGCAAAGAAGGGCACCUAUAUAAAAAAAGCAGACAUUGAAUAUCCCUUUGAGCAUGGUGAAGUUAUUAAUUACACUUUGGAUAGUGUAUCAAUACACCCAGUCACUACAAAGAUACAGGCGUCCUUCCUAACUCAGUUGCUGGAGAGGAAGGAAACCGCUCAGGGAUUUCACCAUGAGGCCAACGGCGACUUUAAAACAGUUAGAGUUUAAUGGCUGUGAUAGGAGAAAACUGAGGAUGGCUCAACAACAUUGUAGUUACUCCACAAUACUAACCUAAAUGACAGAGUGAAAAGUCUGUACAGAAUAAAAAUAUUCAAAAACAUGCAUCCUGUUUGCAAUAAUGUACUAAAGUAAAAUUGCACCAAAAACAUUAUGUCCUGAAUACAAAGCGUUAUGUUUGGGGCAAACACAACACAUCACUGAGUAACACUCUCCAUAUUUUCAAACCUAGUGGUGGCAGCAUCAUGUUAUGGAUAUACUUGUAAUCGUUAAGGACUGGGGAGUUUUUCAGGAUAAAAAAUAAACGAUAUGGAGCUAAGCACAGGCAAAAUCCUAGAGGAAAACCUGGUUCAGUCUGCUUUCCAGCAGACACUGGGAGACCAAUUCACCUUUCAGCAGGACAAUAGCCUAAAACAGAAGGCCAGAUAUACACUGGAGUUGCUUACCAAAACGACAUAGAAUAUUCCUGAGUGGCCUAGUUACAGUUUUGACUUAAAUCGGUUAGAAAAUCUAAUGCAAUACUUGAAAAUGGCUGUCUAGUAAUAAUCAACAACCAACUUUAUGUAAUCCAAAAUCGGUGAGUGGUCUCAGCUCGCACAUUUAUGGUUAAGAGUAUAGUUGAGAGAAGGGGGAAAAGCAUCCUAAAACAUCUGAAGUGUACUGCAUAUAGUCAGUGUAUGGGCUUUAUUAUCAAGUGGAUGAUUUAAAAAGGGGCCUUUCGACAAAGCUGAUAGCGGCCGAUUCUGACUUGAGAUACGCGCACUUAAAUAGAACUCCUCUCUGCGCACAUUCUGACGUUGUUAUUGUUUACAGGAAAAUGACUGUACUGUAGUCAAUUUAAUUGAUUUCAAAGUAUUCCCAUAAACCUCUCACCGAUACAGUACUAUUGCAACAAAAUUCUGUUAUUUUAUUUGGUAUGUGGAGGGACCCAUAUUAGAAAUUACACCCAUGACAAUAGAUGCAUCACACCAUGCUAUUGCAACACCACCCCAUUGCUGAUGAAACACCCUUCCACCACACAUGGACAGUUAAGACAUCUAAGAGGCAGGACUGACCCGACACCCCCUGGUUGUUAGGGUGAUUUAUGCCCCACGUUCCCUAAACACAGUGUCUAUUUGUCCCCUCUGCCAGUCCCUCCAGGCAACCCAAUCAUCGAAUCCCGGGAGGGGCAGGUGAUUGAGGGCAACGAGACAGAGAUGACCUGCACUGCUAUGGGCAGCAAGCCCGCCGCCACAAUCAGAUGGAUGAAGGGAGACAAAGAGCUCCAAGGUAGGUUAACACCCGUCAACACCGUCACGCCCAAAACACUUUGUCAACCUAGUCACGCCCAAAACACUUUAGCUCUCUACUUUAACUCAGUUGGACUCUCCGACUGAAAGACUGAAGAGUCUUUCAAACAAUAUUUUUCUGAUGAAGAGGAAUAAAAAGGGCGAGGGUUAAGGUAAUUGUAGUGAAUUACUCUGUAUGAAUUGUAGAGUUGUCUAUUAAUGUUCAUGCAUCAUUUUCCAUUCCCUACAUUGACUAAGUUCAAAUUAGUCGACCCAGUGAUUUAGUCAUACAUUCAUGACCAUAGCUUUAUUCAAAAGCUUUAUUUUUCAAUAAAACCAGACAGAGACUCAAUGGAUGACGGCUCAUCACCAAGUCAACACCAAAACCCCUCCCCUCACAUCAUCUUCAUAGACGUUUUCUUUAACCCAUCUCUUGGCGCCUCUACACUCUCUUUCUAACUUUCUUCGCUCUUGAUUUCUUCUCUCGUUCCUUUAUAAUUAGCGCUACGUCAAUGACACCUCAGCCUAAUUAGGUCACUCCCAUGGCUCUGAAUGACUUCCAUUAGAGUGAUGGGCUGGCUCAGUGGUCGCCUAGCCUUUUGGCAGAGUGACAGCUUUCAAGCCUCUCUUCAAAGGGAGCUGGGCGAUUAGGGGGCCCAUGGAUUGGGCCAAUGGAAUGACCCCAUGCUGUUCCAGCUCUUACUCAGCAGAGCCCAAAGCCCGUCACUCAACCUCAUACCAACCACUAAUGGUGCAAAGCCCUAAUGAGGAGUCAAGGCCUUGGUUUCAUCUACUCAAUAAACACUUUUACCCAGGAGAGGGUAGGCUGACUGGUCCUGGAGGACUGUGCGCAGUGUGUGCAGGCUUAAGUUCCAGACCAGUGCUAAUACACCAGUUUCACAUAAUAUAGACCAGGUUUAGGUGAAUUUGGUGUUUUAGUGCUGGGCAGGAACAAAAGCCUGCACACAUUGCGGCAUUCCAGGACAGUAGGUGCCCGUUCCCUGCAUCAGCCGUUCCCUGCAUUAGUAACUACUACAGUGUUGUUGAAUAGCACUGGCUAGGCCUAGAUGUGUGGAUGAUAUCCUUCCUUAAUCUCUGUGUUGACAAGAUAAGUUACUUGACAACAAACAGAGGGUGAAGGAGAGUUCACAGACCUGA